CUCCAUGGAUGGAAAUCAACAUAACGCCACAUUGCUGCUGAAAGUAAAAGGUACAGUGUCGGGCCUGGCCGUGGACUGGAUCCACCAGCUCCUCUACUGGACCGGCGUGGAGAGUGGUUCGAUUAACGUCAGCCUGCUGGACGGUUCAAUACAGCGUCAGCUCAUCACAGGGCUGGACAAACCUUCUGCAGUGGCUGUGGAUCCUCUCAGAGGGUUUCUCUUCUGGGCUCAAUGUGGCAGUUUCCCAAAGAUUGAGAGUGCUGGCUUGGACGGCCGAGACACUGUGGCCCUAGUCACUUCCUCAAUACGCUGCCCUGUUGCCCUCUCUGUAGAUAUGCCUCGUCAGCUGUUGUACUGGGCUGAUCAGAGAAGCAUCUCCAGAGUAAAUUUUAAAGGCCGUGAUCGUAAAACAGUGGUGGAAUCUAAUGGUUAUCUGGACCGACCCUUCGGACUGGCUGUGUUUGAGGGUUUUGUAUAUUGGAGUGAAGAAGUCACRCGCUCCAUCUGCAGAGCAAACAAGCACAAUGGCAGCCAACUUCAAAUACUGCUGACAAAUGUAGCAUCACCAGGUGGUGUGGUCGUCAUUCAGCCCGUCCUCCAGCCUGAUGGGUCAUCUGUAUGUGGACGUCCUGGGACAGCGUGCCACCACGGGUGUGUGGUCGACCUGAUGUCUGAGAGUCCAGAGUUCAGCUGUGUUUUUCCAGACACUGAACAAAAUUCUCAUGAAACUCCUUCUAUCGCUGUUCGGGCCUCGAGGUUAUCUGAUCCCACCUUCACUGGAGUCCUCUCUCUUAUCAGUAAGAUUCAGUUUCCUGGGUCAAAUAAAGUCUGUCUUUGA